CUGUCUUUUGACAUUGAACAUAUACACUGGCAGCAUGCUCAGGCCACUGAUCUAUCCACUGAAACAUCCAUUGAGACGUAGAGCGACGCAGGCUGGAUGGAGAAUACCGCUGCUGGCCGCUCCUUUGCGUCGGCUAGAAAGUACCUCUAGGGAUGACCAUGUCAAUUCGACUGCCUCUUCCGCCGCCGAUGGAACUACCACCCCUCCUCCACUACCUCAAGACCAACCUCUUCCACCCGUUCCCAUCACUCCUCUACCCAACGAUCCGGAUAACCCACCACCACAGACAACGUCAUCAUCGACUCCUCCUCCAUCCGAAGAGUCUCGCCGGAUCCCAUCCUCCCUCUACAUUUCCAAUGUCUUCCCUAUCACGCUUGGCCGAUUUGAUCCUCGACCCGCCCUGGCCUUCUUCAGAGAACAAGGCAUGAUGGAGCGACUUCACGAUAUAGCCUCUGAGAUCUCUGGCAACGGUUUCAGAGUAGAGUCAUGGGAGAUAGCGAGGAAAGAUGGAGGUGUCUUUCUACACUUUUCAUAUAUCCCUCCUCCGCCGCCCAAGGAAGGUGAAGAAGUGUCAAGAGUCGAAGCGGAGACCACAGCGACCAUGUUUGGAGCUCUUCCCGAGGUUGGCAAGUCAAAGAACAACCCUGCACGAUUCUUUAUCCCUCAAUUCAUCCAAUCUGCUCAGAAGCACGGCGGCAUACCCCAUUGGCUCGGUGAAUGGGGCCAACCACGAUGGAUCGAGAAGAAUCUCGCAGCGGGACAUACGUUGUAUUCUAGAGGGAUCGAAAAGCCAGGUAUCACGUUUGUGGGUCAGGGCGAAGACAACUCGUCAGGGACGUCGGUCCUCGGAACAGGAUCUGGCUUGAAAGGCGUACAGGAGCUGGUGGGCAAUGGCAGAGUAUGGUUGGUCAAGGGCAGACAAUGGACCGAGGACAUGCACCGAUUCCCAUCACCUCAUUUGCGAGUCGAGUUUGAGGGUCCAGACGUCUCACAAGAGAUGCUGUACGUGCUGUUCAGGCCCUACGGCCGACUCAAAGAUAUCGUGCCGCCAUCUCCAGCUGCUGCGGGAUCACUUCGAGCAGCGACAGUCACCUUUGGCCACCUUUCUCCAUCCACCACCGCCAUCAACUGCCUGCAUGGAUACUCUACACCUACAAACACUGCCGAUUUCAUCGCUCGAAUCACUGGGGAUACCGCACCAGGUUCAAUUGCACUGAGUAGACUCCGAAUCUACUAUGAGAGCCAGAGGAAAGCGCACGCUAUACGAGACUUCUUGAACUCUCACCCUAGGAUCGUCCUUCCCGCCCUCGCUUUCUUAAUCGGGACGCUGAGUUACACGCUAUUCGAUCCUAUUCGAGCAUUCUUCGUCCGAUCCAAUCUCGAAGGAGUCUUUGAUCUCGAGAGCUAUUCGAUCGUCAAGAUGAUCCGAUCGAAAUUCUCCUCAUCAUUCUCGUUCGGAUCCAGCUCAAAUGGGCCCGCCGACGGCCCUGAUGAGACCCUCGGGAAAAACGCCUGGAAGGACCGAGUGGAAGCCGAAAAGACUGUGGAGAGGUGGUUAUCCGAAUACCCAAGCACAUUCAUCACCAUCACUGGACCGCCAGGAAGCGGUAAAGCCAGUCUCGUGUCGAGGGUGCUUGGCAAGCAAGCAAAGCCAUCUCUUGUCAUCGACUGUUCCGAUACUGCGAAGGCCAAGACUGAUUCGGCACUGUUGAGCGCCUUGGCAGAACAGACUGGUUAUUGGCCCGUCUUCUCUUUCUUGAACUCUCUGAAUGGCCUCAUCGAUCUGGUUACUGUCGGUCUGAUAGGUCAAAAGGCUGGCUUUGCCACUCCGAUCGACCAACAGCUCCGCUCGGUACUCGACGUGGUCGGUACGGCCCUGAAAGACGUCUCUGCUCACACCCGGGAGAAGCACCAAGAGUCCAUCGAUAAGGCUCGUAAAUGCGCCGAGGUGGAGGUGGAGGAAUCGCGACGUCAAGCUUUGAUCAGACGGGGAGGAUGGCACGAUGGUCGAUUGGAUUGUAUCGCGGGGAACGGUGUGAUGAGCGAGCUGGGGCUGGGUCAAGAGCCAACAUUUGAUGGGGAUCUGGCCAUCGACAAUGUCAUUGAGAUUUCAGAACCCGCAACCGCUGCCAAACCAUCAGCAAGACGAUCAGCCUCCGCUUAUCCACCUGAAGACCUGGACGUCGAGUCAGAAUAUAUUCAAGCUCUACCCAUCGUCGUCCUGAAGAACUUUGCCCAAAAGUCUGCAAGGGGUGAAUUAUGGACCGUUCUGUCAGAAUGGGGAGCCGGUCUGGUGGAGAACAAGAUCGCUCACGUCAUUGUCAUUACCGAAGGACCUAUCGCCUCGAAAUCGCUCACCAAAGCGCUCCCCUCCAAACCGCUCAACACGGUCAGUCUAGCUGAUGCAGAUUACGAGAACUCCCUGUCCUACGUCCGGGAUAAGUUGGAAUCCUCAAACUCUGCCCUGUCUCUCGCUGACAGAGAUCAAAUCACCAAGCUGGGAGGUCGAAUGGUUGAUCUUGAGACUCUGGUCUACAAAGUCAGGACGGGCGCAAGUGUACCUGAAGCUGUGGACGACAUUGUCUUGCGAAAUGUUGUCGAGCUGAGAAAGCUGGCCUUUGGGGACGACGCGGAGGACGCAAAGUCGUUACCUUGGACGAGGCAACAAGCAUGGAAGGUGGUCUCAGAGCUCGCAAAGAAUGGCGAGCUGUCCUACGCCAAGCUUCUGCAAGAUUUCCCUUUCAAAGGUUCUGAACAGAGUCUGAAAGCUCUGGAGGAACACGAACUCGUCAGUAUCACCUACGUCGAUGGACGUGCGUCAAAGGUCAAGCCGGGUAAACCAGUAUUCAGGUAUGCUUUCGAGCAGCUAGUCAAUGACCCUGUAUUCCGAGCCAUGUCCCAGAUCGAAUACAAUACUGCCCUCAUCGCUAAAGCUGAGGCCGAUAUCAAAUCCUACGAAGCGGAAUUAGGCACCCUGAAAAGCAUCUCCACGGGAGGAGGUGAAGAGGCUUUAGGAUUGGGCGAAGGCUUCUUCUCAAUCUUUGGGAAGAGUACAGCUGUCAAGGAGCGAGCGAGAUGGUUGUUGGAGAAGAUGGGUAAGAGUGUGGACAAGUUGGCGGGGUUGGAAAAGGACAAUGCGGAGAUGAUGAAGUUGCUCACGAGCGCUAGCAAGUGAGGUGAUGGUGAUGAGGAUGACGAAUGACCUUGGUCGAACACGUUGGCCGCAUGACAAUGUUGUAUACGUUAUGCACUACUGCCCUC